ACAAUCACAUCUCAGACUCAUAAGCUUCUUCACUAGACUUACCGACUCCAAGCAACCACUCAAUUUUCAGUACCUACUCAAUCUUGAAAAACUGUUGCCCAACAUGAUCUUCCCUUCUUUAACCAAGACCAUCCUCCUUCUUGCUCCCCUUGCUUUACUCGGGGCCUCUACACCCAUUGACUCCAACGGCAUGGACCGCGGCGAUGGUGUCUACAUCCACAACGACGCUGGUGAAAUCAUCGAAUUCAUCCCUAUUGCAGAGAUCAGCAGCCGAGAGCUUCCCGAGGUCAACACAACAGACUCGGAUGCGGUUGUGCUCGAGCCACGUAAAUUUGCCUGGGACACGAAGUGUUUCUCUGCCAAGUUCGACGUGGACGACAAGAGGAUUGGUCUCUCAGACCUGGGAGAUAUCAUGGACCGCUAUGGAAGCCUGAAGGCGAAGACCAUGUUCUCUGUCCAAUACUAUACUGCCAUCGCAUAUGUAUGCAACUAUAGCACCGUGACGAUCAACGUCGACCGCGGCACUUCAGGCAAGGUCAAUGCAGGCCUUGACCAGUCAUGCAAAGCCAACGUCGCUGCUAGGGGUGACUACAAAUCCGGCAUCAGCUAUGGCCGUACCGCGAAGGGAAAGCCGUUCUGCAACUAAGCUAACAGCUCGCAAUUUAUCUUCCAGCUGUAUAUAGGGG